GGAGGGGGUGUGAGUGCUGUAGUUGUAUGAGUGGAGCCAAAGAGGCCCACACUGCGGACUCUGAGCUCUCAGUGAAGCUGGUUCCUUCAGGCAUGGGGCCAGGAGCUGGUGCAUGCUGACCCCACUCCUGGGGAGCCGACUCUGCAGUAUAAAGCUUUUUUUUACUGCAGAGCCAGCAGCUCAUGUAACUACUAGGAGAUUUAGCGGCUACACAGUUACAUUUUGUAGUGAUUUUUUUCAUCCCUAGUUCUGAACUGGUUGGGAUUGUACAUGGGCACUUCGCUGUUUUUGUUCACCAAGGAGCAGCAGCCAAGCUGGACAGAUGAUUUGCCACUUUGCCAGCUCUCUGGAGUGGGCUCAGCUCCAAACCGUUCCUAUGGUGCAGAUGGUAAGAGUACAGAAGGCCACCCAUUGGAGGAUAACUGGCUGAAAUUCAGGAGUGAGAACAACUGCUACCUCUAUGGGGUCUUCAAUGGCUAUGAUGGUAACCGAGUCACCAACUUUGUGGGCCAGAGGCUCUCCGCAGAGCUGCUGCUGGGCCAGCUAAAUGCAGAUCACGGUGAUGCUGAUGUGCGCCGGGUGCUUCUGCAGGCUUUCGAUGUAGUAGAAAGAAGUUUCCUGGAGUCCAUUGAUGAUGCCUUGGCAGAGAAGGCCAGUCUUCAGUCCCAGCUGCCUGAGGGAGUACCCCACCACCAGCUGCCAUCCCAGUUCCAGAAGAUCCUGGAGAGAUUGAAGGCCUUAGAGCGGGAGAUCUCUGGAGGAGCCAUGGCAAUUGUGGCUGUCAUACUCAACAACAAGCUCUACAUCGCCAAUGUAGGUACAAACCGGGCACUGCUGUGCAAAUCUACGGUGGACGGGUUGCAGGUGACCCAGUUGAAUGUGGACCAUACGACAGAGAAUGAGGAUGAACUCUUCCGCUUCUCCCAGCUGGGUUUGGAUGCAGGGAAAAUAAAGCAAGUUGGAACCAUCUGUGGGCAAGAGAGCACCCGGCGCAUUGGGGAUUACAAGGUGAAAUAUGGCUACACUGAUAUCGAACUGCUCAGUGCUGCUAAAUCUAAGCCCAUCAUAGCAGAGCCUGAAAUCCAUGGAGGACAGCUGUUGGAUGGAGUGAUUGGCUUCCUGGUACUCAUGUCAGAAGGGCUCUACAAAGCUCUGGAGGCAGCUCAUGGGCCCGGACAGGCCAAUCAGGAGAUUGCAGCCAUGAUUGCCACAGAGUUUGCUAAGCAAACAUUGCUGGAUGCAGUGGCGCAGGCUGUGGUGGACCGGGUUAAGCGGAUCCACUGUGACACCUUUGCUAGUGGUGGGGAACGAUCCAAGUUUUGCCCCCGGCAUGAGGACAUGACGCUGCUGGUGAGGAACUUUGGGUACCCGCUGGGCGAGAUGAGCCAGCCCAUGCUGACCCCAACACAAGGAGGCCGCAUCUAUCCUGUCUCCGUGCCAUACUCCAGUGCCCAGAGCACAAGCAAGACCAGUGUAACGCUGUCCCUUGUCAUGCCUUCCCAAGGCCAGAUGGUCAACGGUGCCCAUAGCAGCUCCACCCUGGAUGAAGCCACGCCCACACUCACUAAUCAGAGCCCAACAAUGACUCUCCAGUCCACCAACACCCAUACCCAGAGCAGCAGCUCGAGUUCAGAUGGAGGCCUCUUCCGCUCCCGUCCCUCCCACUCGCUCCAGCCAGAUGAGGAUGGACGUGUUGAGCCCUAUGUGGACUUUGCAGAGUUCUACCGGCUUUGGAACAUGGACCAUGGUGAGCAGGGAUUAAUGACAGUGUCCUGAUAUAAAAAGAAGAGAGUGCCUUGCUAGCACCCAGGAGCUUGCCCUGAGGAGCAAUGAAGACUGAGGUGAGAUUGAAAUGACUCCAGAUAGUGACCGUGUUCAGUCAUGAGGUGUAACCUAUGAACACUGGGAUUGGGUGCUGGUGCAGCUGUCCCAACAACCUGUGUCACCUUUGCUUUGCACCUACAUCUCUGGAAACUCCAUGAAUAUGGGAGUGGGGACAAAUUUAUCCCUCACGACCAGUAUUAUGGGCAAAGACAAUAGUGAGGGCUCUUAUGGUGAAGGCAAGAGCAGAUGUCUGAAGAGCGGCUGUACAUGAUGUGUAUAUAUAUGCAGUCAUUUAUAUAUUGAAAUGCAGAAAUACUACGCUGUGAUACCAAUGUUUAACUCCAUAGACUAUACCUCUGUUUUGCAGAAUAAAUAACUUAUAGCUACUGUCA